CCGCGCAUGUGUAAUGAGUCUCCGAAAACGAAAGGGAGCCAUAUUGCGAGUGUUUUACGGAAUUUCCCGACCAUAGUGUUUAACAAUUUUAAUUCUAAAAAAUCGCACUUUUGAUACAUUGUUUCCAUUUGGAUCCGAGCGUGUGUUACUGUUCUACAGUUUCCGGUCAAACAUAGCCGCUUAAAUGGGGGACAGUGGUGAAGAGAUGGAAAACACAGAAGUUACCGAAGUGACGGUCGGCAUUACCGACAUCUCCGAAGGACUACCGAGUCCAAGUGCCGACGACUCUGCCUUCACGAAUGAUUCCGUUUCAGUAUCGUCUGGUCAAAUUAGUACUUCUGCAGUUACCGAGCAUGUUUUUGCUGCAACACCUACUGGAAUAUUUACUGCUAAUGGAUUACCGGUUCAAGUUCAGGAUGAUACCCCAUUGAAGUCAAGAAUUAUUGCCGUGGUGCAGCAGUCAGACGCAGCUGCUGCUCUUGUUGAUGGUUUAAAGACACCGGCUACCCCCUGCACUCCGUCGUCGCCUUCGGGGGAGAAGCGGCACUACACAUGGGACGACACCGUACACUUGGACGUCCUGCCAGUGAGAUGCAGGAACACCGGUGCAGAACUUUUCAAGUCAAAAUUAGGUUCUGGUGGGAGAGGCAAAUGUGUUCGAUACAAUGAGCAGUGGUACACACCGUCAGAGUUUGAGUCCCUCUGUGGGAGGGGGAACAGCAAAGACUGGAAGAGAAGUAUCAGGUUCGGAGGUCGAACGCUUCAGUGUCUGAUCGAGGAAGGCAUCAUACAGCCUCAUGCAGCCUCCUGUACAUGUGCCUCCUGCUGUGAUGAUGAAGGAGUGGUAAGAACGGGGAUGGCUCAACAAUUGCUCAGGACCUUAUUUAUCAUAUUGUCAAAGUCAGGACCAGUCAGACUCUUUGUUCCUUACAAAAGAAGGAAACGGGAUGAAAGAGAAAGCAUGCCAUCUACGCCUACAUUGUGUUCCUUCAAGAAGAAAAUGCCCAAACUUAGAGAUGUUGCUGCCUUGACAGAAGACGGGCGCUCCAUGUCCCUCGAAAGCCAGAACGGACUCGGCAUGGGCGACUCCGCCCUGACCUUGGCUUCGAUGACCCCUACCCUUGCCCCCAUGACCCCUAACCUGACCCCUCUGACCCCUCUACCCCCAAUGACCCCUAGUACUCCCAAAGCACCUGACUUGGAGAUGCAGCAGUGGUGGCAUCUGGAGGAGGUGAGAAGCACUGAAUUCCUGUUUGGUCUACAACCAAUGGCGUCUCAGCUGAUUCAGCAAGCACAGACUUUAAAGCAGAUGAUAGACCAAGCCAAGCAUCAGUCUCAGAGCAGCAAAGAAGCUGCUCUUACCCAAGCCAAGAUCCAGUAUGAGACGGAGAAGAAACAGUUGCUGGCAGACUCCAGGAUGGAAGCUCAGCUGCAGUUAUCAAGAGCUCUGAUGGAGGCGAAGGCCGAGAAGGAUAACGCAGUAGCACAGGCCUUAGCUCAAGCACAGGCAGAGAAGAUUGAUGCAGUAGCGGAAGCAAAGUCAUCUCAACUCAUCAAGGCGUGCGCCAACUGUGGCAGAGAAGCAACCAGUGAGUGCACAGGUUGUCACAGGGUAAGCUACUGCAGCGGGUUCUGUCAGCGCAAGGACUGGACCUCGCAUCAGCACAGCUGUGGCCACAACCAAGGCCUGCCCCAGGGGAUACAAAGCAUGACAGAUCCAGAACAUGAUGCUUAGACCAGGUCCUGCAGUGGCAUGUAGCCCUAGAACUGAUUCAGAGAGGUGAAUGCAAUAUGAUAACCUCUCAAGAAGAUGGAAAGACAAUGCAUUAAUUUAAGGACGCCAAUAUUUAGGCUGUUUGCUGAUUUCAUCUCCCGACACCUCAUUUUAGGCUUCUAUUGGUUACCCAAAUGAAAAGUUAACUACAGUUAUAUACAUGUAGUUAUAAAGCUCUGGUGUGGUCAUCAUCUUGAUUUUAAGUAUACCAAAACUGAUAAUUUUGAUAGCAUAUGAAAUAAAAUGUUUUGUACCUGCCCAUAAAUGUGUGUGUAUUCCCUCCCCCAUCUCCCCCAUUCUCCCCC